AUGGGUAACUGGCAGUUGGAAAUUGGAAGAAUGGCUUUAUAUAUCGCCUUUCCAGUAGCUAUGUUUACUUACUUCAACCAACCACAGUACUUUGAAGAUUGGGUAAUAAAAAAUAAAAGAGACAUGUAUAAUGCGAAGUCAGUUAAAGACCAAAAAGAAUUUGAGAACACUAUCAACUCUUUGAGACGUAAACAGGAACUAAAACUUUUAAACCAAUUGGAAGCUAAGGAAAGUAGUUAAUAAUUUUGCUAAGUUGUAUAAUAAGUUUUAAAUAACAUAAAAAAACUACAAUUUCUUUAUUUUUUAAGUAAAAAAUGUUUAUCUGAUAUUUACAAAUAAAG